CUUCCCCAUUCCCAGAGGACUUCUCCAUUUUAACCACUGUAAAAGCAAAGAAAGGAGGUCAGUCCUUCUUGAUCUCAAUUUACAAUGAGCAAGGGAUCCAGCAAAUUGGUGUGGAGAUGGGUAGAUCUCCUGUAUUCCUGUAUGAAGACCAUACAGGAAAGCCAGGCCCAGAAGACUAUCCUCUCUUUAGAGGCAUUAACCUAGCAGAUGGCAAGUGGCACAGAAUAGCCAUCAGUGUGCAGAAGAAAAACAUCACCUUAAUUUUGGACUGUAAAAAGAAGAUAACCAAAUUCUUGGACCGAAGUGACCACCCCAUCAUUGACGUCAAUGGCAUCAUUGUAUUUGGAACAAGGAUACUGGAUGAGGAAGUCUUCGAG